CGAUACGCAACGUCAAAUUUGGUCGUUCACGUCGUCGAAUAAUUGAAACUAAGCAAGCGUGUAAACAAGUUAGAAAGAUGGCGCUACUUUUUAAAAGACGCGACCUCUGUCGGUGCCGCAUUUAUAUAAAAAACAUAACCUUGCGAUAUUAAUUUAUCAAGUGUACAAAAAAAUAUAUACAUAUAUAUAUAUAUAUAUUUUUUUUCCUGAUAUCGUACGAAAAAUAGUGCCUGUAUCAAAUAAAUAACACAGGCGGAUAUAAUACUUUUUUCUACAUACAAGAGCGUAAUUUUUGUAAAUUUAAUAUGCAUCGUUGUUAUUUUCUCACAGUGUUGACAAGUUUUCUAUUAAAAUAUGCAUUCUCUUUGAAAAUACAAACACCAAAAAUUGCCGUCAUUGGUGGAGGUAUAGGAGCUGCCUCGACCGCGCAUUUUCUCACCGAAUUAUUUAACAAUGAAUUAAAAAUUGACCUUUACGAAGCUAACAAGAUCGGUGGUCGUUUGGCGACGAUAAAAAUUAACGAUAACGAGUACGAGGCCGGAGGUUCGAUUAUACACCAAGAAAACAAAUACAUGCAAGAAUUUGUAAAUUUGCUUGGAAUGGAACAUAGACCUACCAGAGAGGAAAAAUUUGCUAUAUGGGACGGUACAGAUAUUGUUUUCCAAGAAAGCGAUUCCAAGAUAUUUACUUUAGCCAAAUUAAUAUAUAAAUAUGGUAUACAACCGUUUAGACUUAACAGUUAUAUAGCUUCUAUAAUUGCCGAUUUCAAUAAAAUUUACCAAUUACAAAAUAAGGGUCAGUCCUUCACCGAUCUGAUAUCUAUGCUAAUGGCCAUGAACGAGAAAUUUCCAAAGCUAUUGCAAGUGUCCAUUAAAGAUCAUCUUUUAAACAUGGGAUAUGCGGAGAAAUUGAUCGACGAAUUAGUCGAAGCGCCCUUAUUAGUAGAUUAUGGACAGACAAUGGACAUUCAAAGUUUUGUCGGUUGCGUAACGCUUGCCUCAGCUAUUGGAAAUCUAUGGGCAGUUAAAGGGGGAAACAAGAAAGUAGUCGAACACUUGAUAUAUAGAAAUGUUAACGUUAACGUAGUGUCUUCUUACGUUAAGAAGAUACGUUAUAUGACUGUUAAUAACUUUCCCAUUUAUGAAGUACAAUAUUCGAGCGAAGAUAACUCAAAUCUCAUGAAGAAUCACUAUGACAUAGUGAUCCUUGCGACUCCAUUAACGAAAGAUCAGAAGAUGCCGAUUACGUUUGAAGAAUUCCCUACGGACUUUGUAUUUUUAGGAGAAUACCAGACGACUAUCGCGACAUUUGUAAAAGGGGAUUUGAAUCGAAAUUAUUUUGGACUCGAGGAAGAAUUAGAUAACAUAUUAAGUUGCAAUUCCAAUGCGCUAAUUCAUUCCGUUGGAAGAGUGGACACGGUCGAAGGCCCAACUGAAACUGAUUCCAAAAUAUGGAAGAUCUUUAGCAAUGCCUCGUUAUCCCUUAAUGAUUUACACAAUAUUUUUCUCAAUAUCGAGGAAGUGAAAGAAAUGAUUUGGAAGGCAUACCCACGAUAUUCUACGAACGUACGAUUAGAUAAAUUUAAACUUUACGAUGGCCUUUAUCACGUUAAUGCCAUAGAAUGGGCGGCCAGUGCGAUGGAGAUGAGUGCUAUAGGUGGAAGAAACGUAGCGAUUCUAGCCUACGAUGAGUUUUUACGAAGGUUCUCGGACGAACCGCAUAGCUCGGAUAUGGACAAGGAUAAAUAUAAAAUAGAGCUCUAAGAUCAUUGGUUA